UCGGCAUCCCGCAUGCUGACGCUGCACAUCCAGUCUCAACCAGACUGGACCAGUGACCGGCCCCCGCCCCGUGCCGUUGAUGUGCAUGCCCCCCCAUGGUAGAUCUCUAUCAUCACAAGGUCCAUCGGGUUCCGACUCCCGAGUCUGCGCAUUGCCGAUCUCGCGAGUUGCGACUUGCCUCAUCGGGACAAGAAAAGCGACUACAAUCUGGCAGGGUCCGAGGGGGGUGUAGAGUCUAGAGUCUAGAGCCUUGGGCACACUAGCGGUUCGUACUUCUUGGCUUUGCUUUUGCUCUCUGCACUCAAGCUUUCAACUGUCACUCAUGCAAUCAAUUUCUAACGCAGUCACCUUGGUGCUGGCCAUCGGCAACAGCAUCGACCUCACAUCCGCGGCGCACGCGGGCUUCCAUGUUCAGUAUCCGUGGUCGUCUCGUGGCCCCAAUCCCAAGGUCCGACCUGAGCUAAAAGACUACAGCUCUUUUUGCGGGGACAUCAUUCAUAAUCCCCAAAAGUAUGAUCGCAACACUCGUACUUUCCUCUCUUUCUCUGGCCAUCCUGGAGAUAUUGUGACUGUCCUCUACACCACGAACAGGGUGCCGAGGAAGAGAGAUGAUUUCUCCCACCUCAUUCUGCAGGACGUGCCCAUCAAGCCCUCCGGCCAGCUCUGUCUGAACGUGACGAUACCGUUCCGGACCGAGCUGGAUGAGAUGGGAGUCAUGUACUUUGAGGCGAAAGACCCGAGCACUGGCAAAACCGAGUACUACUGUACCGACGUUCAAAUGACUGACAUGGAGGCUCUUCCAGAGGAACAUCCAGCCAUGUGUGCAGGCAACAAUGAGACUCUCAUCCCAAUGCCGGAUGAGUUCCUGUAGAUGGAGACUUGAGGAAAUUUCGUAUUUGCAAUCCUUAUCUUUUACCUCUGGCACGAGGUCUUGAAGAUUAAUUCGUGGCUGAUCGAAAUUGUGAAUCUGUGAUCAAUUUGACUUGAUGGAUUCUAGCGUGCCCCAAGAGAGUUUUCAGAGAGACGUAGUUCAAGACGCGCACAUAUGGACGCGACUCUGCAGGCAUGAUUGUAUUUUCUUUGUGUUUGUAGACCUGUGUGCUACUGAUAAUGUAAUGAACGUGGUGAACAUGAGGAGGGGGUACACUGAAUGA